ACCACAAACAUUAUGCAGAAAAAAAAGGUGCUUAAGUUGUUUGUCAUGAAAGACACAUUAACUGUACUAAUUAGUGCAACUGCCGAUCAGACGAUUUGCAGCUCACUGAUAAAUUCAAACAUGGAGUUGACAGUGGACACUGCAAUGCUUCCUUGUCCAGAUCCAUAUCGCCCUCUUCAGCUGGAGUCCUUGACCUGGAUUGAUCAAUUGUUUGUCUACAAAGAACCUCAUCCGGAUGAGUGUUUUGAUGAAGUCUGCUGUGGAAUAAAGCCGGACAACAGAUAUAAGGUCAAGGAUAAUGUCGGGAAUGUUCUUUUUAGUAUUCUUGAGGACAGCGAUUAUUGUAGCAGGCAUUUGUAUCAAGGACGUUCCUUCAUAAUGAAUGUUAUUAAUGAAUCUAAUAAAGAGGUCAUCAGACUGGUGCACCCGUUUGUUUGCGGCAGCUUCAAUCAUGAGCUGGAGGUUCAGUCCCCACCAGGCUUUACCAUCGGACAUGUUCGACAAAACUGGCAUGUUUGCCUGCCUCAGUUCACAGUUGAGAAUAAACGAGGUGAAGCAGUCGCUAAGAUCGCAGGACCAUUUUUACCUCUUACCUGCUGCGUGGAUCAGAACUUUGAGCUGGUGUCUUUGAACGGGGCAGCGACAGACGAACCGUUUGGCGAGAUCAUCAAACCCUUCUCAUGCAGUGUAAUAAACACAGGUGCAGAUUUUGUGCUGAGGUUUCCAAGCGACCUGGAUGUCCAAAUGAAAGCUACACUGUUGGGGGCCUGCAUACUUAUUGACUUCAUGCAUUAUGAUAAGCCAAAACAACAGAUACUAUGUCUACUGAAGUAUUUAUCCCCUUUGGCGGUUUUCACUCUGUUUACGCUCAAGUAAACAUGCAUGAAAGAAACAACAAGGUAACACAUCAUUUUACGCUUUGGAUACUAGGCCUACUUCAGAAAGAAGACCGGAGGAAGACAAAUGUCAACAGACUACUUGCCAAAUUAUCCUCCAAUAAAGGCUGGAGAGAAAAGAAUGAUAGUUACUUUGGCAAAAAUUGCUUUUUAAUAUUGCAUCUUGCAAAAAAAAAAAAAAAAGAAUAAAAACAAAAUCACAUCGCAAAUGCUGUUAAAGUUGCUUAAAAAUUACCAUCUCUUUUUUCUGAGGCAAUGAAUCUUAAGUUGUAUUAUUUUGUUUUGUAUACUCCUUCAACUUGUUUUUUCUUCAGUUUGUGGCUUUCUCUUACUGAAAGGUGUCUCUGAGGUUGUGUGUGUUAUCGGGAAGUGAAGCAAACACAGCAGUAACCACAAAAACCAACUGCUUCUCAGUAGUUGCUUAUGUUGUUGUAAAAAAAAAAAAA